UAUCGAGAUCUCAUAGCACAUCUUGCACAGCUUGAACAACGCGCGCAGCCGCACCUCCUCUUCCUCAUCGUCCCAUGGCAACCUCCGACCCGUCGCCAUCGGCCUCGGCCAGCGCAACAGCCGCAGCUGCUGCUGGCAACACUGCCCUCCGACUCCACUUUGUCGGCACGGGCACGUCCACCGCGUUGCCAGUCGCGCCCUGCCUCGCAGAGGUGGACAAGCCUUCGCGCGACGUCGGUUUCUUCCUCGACGACUACAAGGCGAGCGAGGACAAGGCGCCCGCCCACUGGGCAGGCUACGAUCCGAGCGCCGCUUGGCCUGCAAGCGUCGCGUGCAGCUCGUGCCGCGCUGCCGUCGACCGGCGCGUAGCGUCCGGCUGGAAGAACCGGCGCGGAAACCCCGGGCUCGUGCUGCGUAAACGGGAUACCGGGGGCCAAUGGCGCAAUGUCGUCGUCGACGUCGGCAAGACGUUCCGCGAGCAGUCGUGCAAGCUCUUUCCGCGCUGGGGCAUCAAGCGCAUCGACGCCGUGCUCAUUACCCACGGCCACGCGGACGCGUACAACGGCCUUGACGACCUGAGAGAAUGGUGUAACCGCCAGGGCAGUGGCAUUCCGGUUUACCUCUCCAAGGCGACGUUUGAGACUGUCGCCGCGUCGUUUCCUUAUCUUGUCGACAAGACCAAGGCGACGGGCGGGCACGACCUCCCGACACUCGAGUUCAAGAUCAUUGACGACGAGUCCGAGUUUGUCGUCGAGGGGAUCACUGUCACGACGCUGCCUGUCCACCACGGCCGUUACUUCAACGCCACGCCCGCGGCGGCCCCGGCGCCCAGCGCACCGGGCACGCCCGUCCCCGGGACGCCAGCCCAGCCUACCCCGUUCAUCUGCCUGGGCUACGUGUUUGACCGCUCGAUCGUGCUCUUGAGCGAUGUGUCGUCGGUGCCUGAUCAGACGUGGAAGCGGCUCGAGGCAGCGCUCGACGGCGAGCAGCUGCCCGUGCUCAUUGUCGACGCGCUCUGGCCGUGGCGCCCGCACGCGUCGCACGUGUCGUGGAUCCAGGCCAUGGAGAUUGCGCUGCGCAUCAAGGCGUCCAUCACCUACGUGCUUGGCAUGACGCACCCGACGACGCACUGGCAGUGGGAGGAGCUGGGGCGGUCGAUCCGCGGCGAGGACGGCCGCGAGCCUGAGCACGACACGCACCGCCUGACGCAGAAGCUCAUCAGCGAGGUGUGGGCUCACGAGGACAUGGGCAAGAUUGCCGACGGCCUGCGCGAGUGGAAGGGCGUUGUAGAGCCUGCAUUCGACGGCUUGGGGCUCGAGAUUGACCAUGGCCAGUACCAUGUCCUUGCAGACGGUCAAGGCUCUACGGGUGGCUGGGAUCUUUAGAGAUGCGUUACUGCCACUUGUGCCAACUUUAUAGACGACCAUAGAUGGAU